CCUUCCUCUACUCCCUUCUUCACUUGCACCUUUUAUGGUCCUUUAAUUUAUCUUCUUAGCUACUACACACUUAUAAAUAGUUGCUUACAACUUUUUUCAAUUUAACCAUCUGAUAUCUGCAGUCCUCUGGUCCAUCUACUGCUUCGAAGCGAUCAUUACAAAGGUAGCAAUCGUGGAUCGAAGGCAUGGGAAGAGGCCCUUUUCAUCCAAUGAAUCGGAGGAGAAAGAGGAUAUUAAUAAUAUUGAUGAAUCCAAUAUUUUCCCUAUUUAUUCGGCUCGAUCUCAACAUGACAUGUCUGCUAUGGUUUCUGUUCUCUCUCAAGUUAUUGGCAACACAAACACUACUACAAAUAACAAUACCAAUAUUUCUUCGUCCGUGCAUGGAGUUAAUCCAUUAACCCUACCUCAAUCAGCUACAAAUAUGCAAAACCAAAUUCAAGAACAAGGGAACCAGCCGAAAAAACGGCAUUAUAGAGGAGUGCGGCAAAGGCCAUGGGGAAAAUGGGCAGCCGAAAUACGUGACCCGAAAAAAGCAGCGAGAGUUUGGCUUGGGACUUUUGACACUGCUGAAUCUGCUGCACUUGCUUAUGAUGAAGCUGCACUUCGAUUCAAAGGCAAUAAAGCUAAACUCAAUUUCCCAGAAAGAGUUCAAUCUGGAAAUACUCACUUCGGAUAUCUUACUAACACUCAUCAUCAUCAUCAUCAAGAAUUGAGUCAUCAGCAGCAGUUAAUUCCUCAGAUGAUCACUCAACCUAAUUUGUUUCCACAACAUUUCCCAAAUGUUCAUCACUACACACAGUUACUUCAAGGUGGCAAUACUAAUAAUAUUGAUAUGAUGAAUUUUGGGGUUUCGGAACCAAGUUUUUAUCAUCAACAAUCAUCAUCAGGAGGUAAUUUGGUUUCGCCGAAUACAUCAUUGGAAUUACAACAACAAGAACAAACACCAAGAUAUUAUCAUAAUCAGGAAGAAGAUUUUCUAAGAUUUCCAAUGGAUUUUGGGAAUUCUUCAACUAGUACUGGACCACCUAGUGAAAGUAAUUGGGAGGAUUUUGAACCUAGAAAGUGAUCUCUUCAUCUUUAAAUUUGGACAUGACGGUAUCUUGACGAUGCCUGUGAGCAUCUAGUGAAUUAUGUAAGCUUUCUAUUUGUUUGUUUAUUUCCAGUUUAUUAUGUAAAAUGCCGGGCUUUUCUUUUAAUGAGUUGUAUUAUCAUGAAUCUAUAUGAAAAAUGUUCGUGUGA